GAGAGAGAGAGAGGAAUGGGGCUUUCUUUAUAUGCAUGCAUUAUAUUACCUAUACUACGGAUCGAUACAUCACAGAGUGAAAUGAUGAUGGAGACUACGACGGAGGCGUUUAACACCACCACCCCCGUGGCCGUGGAGGACAGCUAUCAGUACAGCUGGUUCAGCUUUGCUUUCAUUUUGAUCUUUUUCUUUUUCUGUUGCUCAUGUAUUCGUGACUUUUUAAAAGAGGUAUGCCGGUGUGAAUGUAGAGAGCGAUUCUCUCCCUGCAGAGAUUGUGAUUCUCCCUGUGAACUGCUGGAAUCGUGCAGAAGUUGUCAAUGUACCGCAGUGAUACUCUCGUGUUUAAGGGGGUGUGUGUCAAAAUGUUCUGUGAUUUGUGAACGUUUGAGAGCCUGUAUCAGUGACAACAAUAAUGUGAAUUCUGAUGUUGAAGUGGCAUCAUCCUCUCCUGUGACAAUAUCCAGUCAGUUUUCAGAAAUGGUGGAGCACCGCACGGACAAUAUCGAUGAAAAUCCGCCAAUGAACGAAGUACCGCCCCCGUCGUAUGACAGCAUUGUGUCCAACCCUUCUCAACCACCCCCGAGUUAUGAGGAGGCCAUGCGCUCUAGCAAUAAGACUAUGUGCAACGGCUUGUUUACAUUGGAGAGAGAACUACCAACAAAGUACAGGAAAAACUCGUCAUGCAAAUACCUCUUUAUUACUUUGAAAAUCUCAGAAAAGUCUUCAUUCAUAUAUUUCAUGGUAUAUAUAUAUAUAUAUAUAUAUAUGUGUGUGUGUGUGUGUGUGUGUGUGUGUGUGUGUGUACAGUUACCAACGUUAAGGAUAUUUCACGAGAUCAUGGAGUCUUCUACUGAGGCGUUGAACACCACCACACCCGAGGCCAUCGACGAGAGUUGGAAUUACAGCUGGUUAAGCGGUAUUUUCUUUCUCGUCAUUAUUUUUCUUUGCAUUCGUGAUUUUUUCAAACAUCGCUAUAAUUUGAGAAAUCGCGACGGUCCAUGUUCUAGACUCAGAAAUUGUGACUGCCCAUGUUCUAGACUCAGACAUUGUGACUGCCCAUGUGACCGGAUGUUGGAAUCAUGCAGAUGUAGUAAAUGUACAGCAUUGUUACGAUCGUGUUCAGUACGGUGUAUGUCAAAAUGUUCUGUGAUUUGUGAACGUUUGAGAGCGUGCAUCAGUGACAACAAUAAUGUGAAUUCUGAUGUUGAAAUGGCACCAUCCCCUCCUGUGACAAUAUCUAGUCAGUUUUCAGAAAUGGUGGAGCACCGCACGGACAAUAUCGGUGAAAAUCCGCCAAUGAACGAAGUAGCGCCCCCGUCGUAUGACAGCAUUGUGUCCAACCCUUCUCAACCACCCCCGAGUUAUGAGGAAGCCAUGCGGUGA